CUGGGCGGCCGCGGCCCCGCUCGGGGCACCGCCGCCCUCGGCCGGGACGGGGUGUCUUCCCUGCGGAAUAAAGGGAUAUUUAUUAUCCAAAGUGAAGAUUCCAACUUGUGCAUUAAAGCAGAGAGAGUUGGCCUUGUUCUGGAAGACUGCAGUCAGUCCUCAGAAGACAUGUUAUGGAAAUGGGUAUCCAAUCGUCGUCUUUUCAACAUAGGUAGAAGUACCUGUCUUGGACUGAACAUCAGUAGACCAGAACAGCCGUUAAGUAUGCUUGAAUGUGAUUCAACUCAGUACUCAUUAUGGUGGACCUGUGAUGGAAAAGCAUUAGUUGGUGUAUCAGAGUACAAAUUAGCUGUUGAAAACAGCAAACAUAUUGUGGCCAAAAAAAAAUCUACUUGUCAGUGGAAACAGUAUAUGUCCUAUGAUGAAGACGUUUGCGAACACCCAUUUCAAGAAACAUACACCUUGCUGGGAAAUUCUUUUGGUUUCCCAUGUGUUUUUCCCUUUAAAUAUAACAACAAGUGGUAUUAUGAGUGUACUAGAGAUGGAAAGGAAUCUGACUGGUGUGCCACAACAACUCACUAUGAACAAGAUGAAAAAUGGGGUUUUUGUCCAAAUGCUGAGAAUGACUGUGACAUUUUUUGGAAGAAGAACCCCAACACACACAUUUGCUACCAGUUCAACCUUGUGUCUGUGCUGAGCUGGCGUGAGGCACGGGCCACCUGUCAGCUGCAAGGAGGAGACCUGCUGAGUGUCACUGACCCCGAAGAGCAGAACUACAUAAGUAACUUAAGCAGGCAGUUAAACGCCACAGACAUGAUGCUGUGGAUGGGCUUGAAUCGCCUGGAUGAUGAUGCUGGCUGGCAAUGGUCAGAUGGAGCACCACUGGUGUUUGUGAACUGGAGAGCAAAUGUCUCUGAUAACCGUUUUAGAGAAAAUCAUUGUGCAGUGAUUGAUCCAAAAUCUAAGUAUGGCUGGCACAGUUAUUUAUGUGAAUCUGGAUUGCCUUUUGUAUGCAAAAAAUAUUUAAAUAAGAUGGAGCAUGAAACAUUGGAUACAUGGAAGUAUUAUGCCACUCGUUGUGACACUGGCUGGUACCCACACCGUCGCAACUGCUACAGACUUCAUAAAGAGGAGAAGACCUGGAACGAUGCUUCUCUCUCAUGCCAAAGUGAUAAUAGCAGGCUCGUUAGUAUAUCCUCCAUGGCAGAUGAAGAGCUGCUAAUUAACUUACUUGAAAGUGAAAAUGUAACUGAAACAUGGAUUGGAUUAUACAGUAAUAACACCCCUGUUGUUUUUGAGUGGUCAGAUAGCACCCCAGUAAAAUUCUCUAAUUGGCAUAGCCAAGAACCUAACACCUUUCAAAGAACAGGACAACUCUGUGUUUCAGCACAAGGAUCUGAGGGACGUUGGAAGAUAAAAAAAUGUGAAGACAGAUCUUUCUACAUUUGCAAAAAAGCAGGAGAAUUUGAUAAUGUCUCUCCUGAACUGGAAUCAAGUUGUCCAGAGGGAUGGGAAAGACAUGGUGGAUAUUGUUACAAAAUCGACAGUACCCCUCGAAGUUUUGAACAUGCUUCCAGUGGUUAUUUCUGCCCAUCUGCACUUGUAUCAGUAACAAACAGGUUUGAACAAGCUUUUAUCAACAGCAUGAUCCACAGCAUGGUAAAAUCUGAGAGAACUUAUUUUUGGAUAGGAUUGCAAGACCUUAACAACACAGGAGAAUAUUUUUGGCUAAGUACAGCAGGAAAGAUUCGCUCGUUGAGCUACGCAAACUGGAACAAGUACCAGCCACGUCAUUCUGGGGGAUGUGUGGCUAUGCGAGGACAGCACCCCAUUGGUUAUUGGGAAGUGAAAAGCUGUAAGAACUUCAAAGCAAUGUCAUUGUGCAAGCAAAAAAUCAGUUCUUACGAAGAACCUGAACUUACUUUUCAAAAACAUUUGAGUUCCUGCUAUUUUGGAUGGGAGUCAGAACCUCAUCUGCUCAACUGCUACAAAAUAUUUCACAAUGAAAAAGUUCUGAUGAGAAGAACAUGGGAUGAAGCAGAAGCAUUAUGUCAAGAUUUUGGAGCACAUCUUGCUAGUUUUAGCCAUAUCUAUGAAGAGGCAUUUUUAAGCAAUCUAUUAUAUACAAUUUUUGAUAGAACAGAAGAAAGACAGUUCUGGAUUGGAUUUAAUAAAAGAAAUGCACUUUCUGGAGGGACAUGGCAGUGGUCUGAUGGAACACCUGUUGUAUCUUCAUUUUUGGAGAACAAGUAUGUUGAAGAUGACUCAAGAAACUGUGGUGUGUUCAAAGUAAACAGAACGGUCUUUCCAGCACACUGCAAUGAAAAGCGUGAAUGGAUAUGCAAAAUACCAAAAGGUGUUAAACCAAUGAAUCCAGUUUGGUACACAGCUGAACUGCCAUGGUCAUAUUAUCAAGGAGCAGAAUAUCUUUUCCAUGUCAGUCCUGCGGACUGGGAAACCUACAUGUUUGUCUGUGAAUGGCUUCACAGUGGAAUGACAACAAUAAAUUCUCCUGCUGAACAAGCCUUUAUUCAAAAUAAAAUAAGGAAGCUAUCGAAUAGUGACGUUCACUGGUGGAUUGGAUUGCACGCAGAAAACCUCAGUGAUGAAUUUCGCUGGAGAGAUGAAUCACCAGUAACAUACCAGAACUGGAAUGAAGGGAGAGAAAGAGAUCUGCAGAAACCAGGGAAAAGAUGUGGCUUCAUUUCGUCACAAACAGGACUCUGGGGUGACGAAAACUGUACUGUCUCUCUUCCCUGUAUUUGUAAACGUAAAAUUGCAAGGAAAAUAGAGAAAGUGAUUCCAAAAGACCAGAAACAACAAGGAGUAUGUCCCAAAGGCUGGUUGCACUUUGGAUUCAAAUGCUUUCUGAUACAAAUUCCGAGGGAUCCAGACCAUCUGAGAAACUGGUACUCUGCACAAGAAUUCUGCAGUAGCUAUGAUGGGUCACUUGCUUUCUUGGAAAAUGAACUGGAACAAGCUUUCAUAACAAUGAAUCUAUAUGGAUGGAAAACCAGUGUUUGGAUAGGUUUCCAGAGUGAUGAUUAUGAAAAAUGGGUGAAUGAAAAUCCUACAAUAUAUUCUAACUGGUCUCCAGUUGAACUAGUGGAUAGACAGCAUUUUAACAUUCAAGAACAACUUCCACUGUGUACAUUGGUAUCAAAUAACCCUAAUUUUUAUUUUACGGGAAAAUGGUACUUAGAAAACUGUCAGAAAAAUUAUGGGUUUAUCUGCCAAAAGACUCAGGACACAUCCAGACAUGUCAUCAAUGCAUCUGAAAUGUAUCCUGUGCCAGAUACUUUAGAAUAUGGAAACAGAAUGUAUAAACUAUUAAGUGGGAAUUUUACAUGGUCUUCAGCUUUAAAAGCCUGCAUGGCAAACAGUGCAGAGCUGGUCAGCAUUACAGACCAGUAUCACCAAGCUUUCCUCACAGUCAUUGUGAAUCGGCUGGGAUACAACCACUGGAUCGGACUGUUCACUUCGGAUAAUGGGCUUAACUUUGAAUGGUCGGAUGGGACUAGGUCUUUGUUUACCUUCUGGGAAGACAACGAGUCCCAGGCCUUUGGCAGUUGUGUUUACAUUGAUACUUCAGGGCACUGGAAAAGCACAAAUUGUGAACAACUUCUGCAAGGAGCAGUUUGCCAUGUGCCACCUAAAAAGAAACUCAAUGCCUAUAAAGGCUUAUGUUCAGAAAAAACUGUAUCCUGGAUCAAGUUCAAAAACAGUUGCUACAGCUUUUCCACAGUUCUGCAGGGCACGAGUUUUGAUACUGCAUACGAAGUCUGCAAAAAUCAAGGAUCAAAUCUUCUAACUAUUGAAGAUGAAGAUGAAAAUGCCUUCAUUUUGGAAGAGCUACACAAUUUUGGUUAUUCUGUGCAAAUGGUUUGGUUGAACAUCCUGCUUGUUACAGACAAUGAGACAGUCUCCUGGUUUGAUGGUUCUCCUUUAAAUUAUUCUAACUGGGGCAUCAGGGAACCUGACUUUGACCAUCUCAGAGGGAAUUUCUGUGUCAGCCUGAGGACCGCAGAUGGAGUCUGGCAAUUAUCUCCAUGCAGAGAAAAAAAGGGUUUUGUGUGCAAAAUGGAUGCAGAUAUUGAUGCAACAGAACCCUCUGAAAAUGCAUCAUAUGGUGGGCUUGUAGCUCUGGCUAUUCUUGUGACGUUGGUGAUGCUGGCUGCCAUUUCCCUUUUUCUGUGGUGCCUGUACAAACAGAAUAACCGACUCUUCCACCACAUACUGUGGGUCAGAAAUGCCUAUUUACCACAGAUUAAUGCUGACGUUCCUGCUUUGGAAGAAAGCAUCCUCAUUUCUGAUUUUGAGAGAAGUGACAACAAUUAAUUGAUCAGAAGUAGCAAGUGGUCUUCUAUUCUGUGUGAAACUUCACAACCUACAGUGGUUUUCUCAUUCUCAGGAGUCCCCCAGGGUACCCAUAGUCUGAGAAACCAUCAUGGCCAUGAAUGCUAUAGGGGCUCCCCUUGGAGGGCUUUUGCUUUGUGGCAGGAUGAGUUGAGGAUGCAAGGCGGAGAAAUUUGCUCCUCUAGGAAAUUUGCUCCUCUGGGACAAGCCAGGAGUUGAAAAUACUCACACGCCAUAAACCUCCAACCACUCACAUGGGGCAGUUGUGUCUGAGGUCCCAGAGCAAUGGGAAUUUUCAUGCAAAUUUUUCCUUUGGGAACAUGUGGGCCUUUAUGUUUUGUUUCUGCUCAUGAGGCAGCAUUAAAAUUUGCCUUGAAUUUAGAAACUCUGAAACAUAUUCCAAGGAUGAUGGGGUAGACUUUUUUUUUUGUUUUAUUUUGGUUUUUUUAACUAGCCAUCCCUUCUGCAAAAUUAACAGUUAUUUUUCAGACAGUGAAUUAUUGCCAGGUAGAUUUGCAAGUUUGCAGGGAGAUGAAGUCACUUUUGACUUGAGAGUGCCAGAGUUUUGGUAGUUUGGUCUGUGAUGCCUAGUUCAUGUUAUAAAAUAAAUUAGUCCAGAGAUGUAACAGCAUAUGGGCUUUGUCAUCCUGAGAUGUGUCCAGCAUCUUGUUAAAGAUUUAGCUAUGUGAUCUCUCACCUAGAUUAUUUUAGACAUGGAAUCCGAUCAACCUCCUUGAAAGAUAUUUUUGAUCAAUAUCUGUUUGGAAAAAAAAAAAUGUUAUAAAUCUUGCUAAAGUUAUGGUAACAGUGACUUUACUGACAGUAUUUCUGCAAGCAGUAUUCAUGGAGGCUCUUCUGAGACCCUGCUCUCAAAAACAAAGGGUGAUAAGUGGGUGAGCCACAGUGCUGUUCCCAAAGGGUGCUAGAGUCCUCUAACCCCAUGUAGCAGACACUUCUCCUUUCAGUGUUCAUACUAAGGUGCUAAGAAAGGAGAUGAAUUUUGCUGACUUGUUGGUCUGCAGGCUGAUGGUUGUGAAGGAGCCAGCUCAGGUCUCUCUGCUAUCUCAAUUACAGUAGCCCAGGACAGAAGUGCUUACUCUCUCUUGUACUCCCACCACCCUACCCAGUCCUCUACCCACCUCUCUGAAAGCUUUUCAGGGAUUUUAUUUUUUAUUUUUAUUGCAAUGUGGAAAACCAAAUGGUUAAUGAUGCGUUUCUUCAGAAUGGAUUUACUGUAACUUCAGUCAUCUCUAAAAGCUGUUGCGAAGGGCUGCAUUUGUUGUUCAGUUUCUUGGUUUGUUUGUUUUAAGGUGACUCAUUCAGCAUUUUGCAAGAGUCCUAAGAUGGAGGUAUGUUCCUCAGAGUUAAGCAAGCAGCUAAGGCCAACUGAUUUUUACACAAUAUUUGUUCACAUUCACAGGAAUGUAUGACUGCCUUUUAGUUAGAUUUUACAUGGCCAAACAAAAAUUGCCUACUCAUAUAAUAAUUAUGUAUGGGGCUAUUCUAAAAAAAUUGUCUAGUACAUAGAAUAUUUCUAUGCUGGUUUACAGAACCAUUCAAAAAUGUGGUCAAAAAGGCUGCAGAUGGUUUUGAUCCCAAUAUAAUUUUCAACCUACUGUUUUUUGAUAACUUCUAAGGUUGUAGCUAUCACAAAUUCUUAAUCUGAGAUUUUUCUAUCAUAUAAAAUAUAAAUAGAUUUUCUGAGUAUAUUUUGUCUAAUGGUUUGACCCUAUACAUUAUUUUUCAGUAAUAUUUUAAAAGUUUUUGUUUAGCCCUCUUGAUUUAUCUGUGAGACUUUUUUUAUUUGUGGACUGCAACUUUUGAGUACAAUUGCAGAUAAUCUGCUGUUUAUAUGUAUGAACUAUGGUAGCUUCUUUACCACCAGAAUAAAAGAAGAAAAAUGCUUGUGACCUUCUCUCCUUUCCCCACGAGAAUUUCACCUAUUUAAACUACAACUGGAGUAACUUAAACCACCAAAUCCCCUUCAUCGCAUUCACUGCCUUCUUACAGUACAGAAAGCAGAGUGGCUUGCAAGGCAGUUUUGUUUACAAGAGUAAGCUGUGUCAUCUGUGAGGACAUGUGUUUAUUGGGCUACAAUGCUGUUAAUAGUUAUGCAGACUCUGGUCAGAUUUUUAUGUGGUUAAUGAAGUUGUAUUUUUCACAAUACUUGACCUAGACAUUUUAUCAAUUUUCCUUGAGGUUGGCUUUAAUCAUUUAAAUAUAUUUGAAGGGCAGUGAUAUAAUAACCCUAACCUCAAAAUAGUGAUCGUUUGUUAACAUUGACUCUGAUGUAGAUGAGCUUGCAUUAAGGGAAAAAGAGUUCAAACAGUGUUUUCUUCCUACUUUGAAAUGGUUUUGAAGGAACAGACCUUUACAUAUUUAUUUUUAAAUCUUUCAUCAUUUAGCUAUUAGAAUUUCAGGUAUUAUUCACUCAAGAAUGUAAUCAUUGAUUGCUUUCUAGUCUUCCUUCUGGAUUUUGUUACUAAUGGCUUUCAACUGUUUUCCCUUAAUCAAAGCUCUGUAUAUUGUCCCUGAUCAGAAUAUGUGAUGACUGUUGUUUUUAUUGAUGACUUUGAUGAUACUGGCAGUGAGAUUCACUAUAUUAUUUCAACUGGAAAAUAAAAGUGUGAUUAAUAAUUUUCUGUGCUGUAAUUUUUCUUGACUCUUUCCCCAGCUUUAAUAAGAGGGAGGCUUUAGUGCCCAAGCUUU